AUGGCUGCAAACAAGUUUUUAACAAUCGACAAAGAUAACUUCAGCUACAUUUUUUUCAAAAAUAUUGAUGUUCCGCUCAAGACUUUCGAAAAAGGAUUUCUUCGCGCCAAUGUCUACAUGCCUAAAGAUGCCGUUCCGUUUGGAAACAAGAAAUACCCGGUCAUUGCUACUUAUGGUCCUUAUGGAAAAGAUGUCCCUUACGGGGUCUUCUACAAGAAAAGCUGGGAACAGCUAAACCCGGAGAUGAAAUCUGCGCACGCAGCAUGGGAGACACCAGACCCUGCCUACUGGACAAGCAAUGGCUAUAUUGUUGUCAGAACCGACGAGCGUGGAGCUGGACAAAGUCCUGGCCUGCUAGACACCAUGUCCCGAGGUACUAGCGAGGCCUUUUUCGAUGUCAUAGAAUGGGCCGCCGAGCAAGAGUGGUCUUCAGGCAAGGUUGGACUACUUGGUAUCAGCUAUUAUGCCGGUACUCAGUGGCGUGUUGCCGCUCGAAAGCCAAAAGGCCUAGCUGCUAUUAUUCCCUGGGAGGGAAUGAGCGAUUACUACCGCGAUAGAGUAAGGCACGGCGGUAUCCUGUCCGACAAAUUUAUUGACUUUUGGUGGAAUAAUGGAGUAGGCCCCAACCAGUACGGCAAGCCAGGACGAGCUGCUCGAAAAUGGGGGGAGGAUACUCUUGAAGGUGAUCUAGAUGAGGAAACCCUACUGAAAAACCGUCGGGACCAAACCCUGGACACAGCGGUCCAUAAGUUUCGUGAUGAAGAAUACUACAGUACUCGCGACUUUGAUCUGGAGGCCAUUGAGGUUCCUCUACUUAGCGUAGCCAAUUGGGGUGGAAUUUUACUCCACCUCCGAGGAAAUGUUCUUGGUUGGACGCGUGCUAGCUCCAAGUACAAGUUUCUUCACUUCAUUGUAGGGCGACAUGACCUACCUUUCUACUAUCCUGAGUCGUCCGAGUUGCAGCUGUCCUUCUUCAACUGUUUCUUGAAGGAUAACGAUAUCGAUGGUUGGAAGUCUGGGAGUCAACCUCGGGUUCGUCUAACCCUGCGUAAGGGAGAGGCCGGGGUGGAUGAUCCCGAGAGAGAGCGAGAAUUUCCCAAGAGAGAUGAGGCAGACUGGCCAUUGCCUGGGACAGAAUACACAAAGUUUUACCUCACUCCAGAAAACAUGCUAAGUAAGACUCCAUCUUCAUCCACGAAGACAGUCGAAUACGAUGCGCUCAAAGGCGCUCCCAUUCAGUUUCAUUACAAGUCCUCGUCCUCGCUUGAAAUAACCGGCCACAUUGUCGCCCACUUCACUGUGUCCUCAUUUCGCAAAACUUCCGGCGCGUCUCCCCCAUCAGAGAUCGACCUCUUCGUCACCCUUCGCAAGAUCAACGCCAAGGGAGAGGAGGUUUUCUACACUGGAACGAUGGGUGAUCCUGUGCCUGUCGUAAAAGGAUGGCAGCGAGUCUCACUACGGAAGGUAGAUGUCAAUAACACUCUUCACAAAGACUACCUCCCUCACCGCAAUUACUAUUCGACCGAGGUACAGCCUGUGCAGGAGGGCCAGAAGUAUGAGGUGGAUGUUGAAAUCUGGCCAACUAAUGUGGUCCUGGAGCCACAAGAGAGCCUAGUGCUAGAAGUUGCUGGCCACGACACUCAGGGUGUUGGCAAAUUCUCUCACGAGCAUCCUGAUGACCGUAACCCAAAAGUGUUGGACGGAAUAAACAUCAUAACUGUUGGCGGAGAGGCCAGCUGGCUGACUCUUCCAGUUAUUCAUUCUAGCAACUAG